UCAAUCAAGAUUUGUUAGUCUCGCGAAAACAUUUGGAAGCAAAACAAACAAGCGGAUCAGUUAAAAUACCUUUUGUUUACAUUCGUGCACAAGUCGUAACCGAGAAAAAAUAAAAACAAAAAAUCUACUCUUGAUUGAUUGAGCGGCGGGCAACGGGGAAAAGAACAAAAACAAACAGCAACAAAAAUUAGAUCGAUUUAAAAUGCGGUGUUGUCUUUUAAGAUCUCCGCCAAUUUGCCAAGUGAAACGGCGUUUUAGCACAAAUUCCAGCUCAAAAUUGCAAUUUUCGAAAUCCUAUGAAAGUAUACCCGGUCCUCGUGGCCCCUUCGGAUUGGGAAAUCUUUAUAAAUAUUUACCCAUUGUGGGUAGUUACACCUGGUUGGAAUUACAUAAGGCGGGCCAUGAUAAGUAUCGGGAAUAUGGUCCCAUUGUCAAGGAGACCAUGGUACCGGGCCAGGAUAUUGUAUGGCUUUAUGAUCCUCAGGAUAUAGCCACUCUCUUGAAUUGUAAAGAUUAUCCCCUGCGCAGAAGUCAUUUGGCCCUGGCCAAAUAUCGAACAGAUCGUCCACAUAUUUAUCGUUCCGCCGGCUUAUUGCCAACAAACGGUGCCGAGUGGUGGCGUCUUCGAUCCGAGUUACAAAAAGAAAUCAGUGUUCCGAAAAAUGUACGCAGCUUUCUUCUCGAAAUUGACGAGGUGACCAAAGAGUUUUUAGACUAUUUGCCAAAAUCGGAAACUGUGGAUGUUCUACCCAAAUUGGCGAGACUCAAUCUAGAAUUAACCUGUCUGGUCACCUUUGGAGAACGUUUAAAUUCCUUCUCGCCCGAAGAACAAGCCGAAAAUUCUCGCUCCUCCAAACUAAUGUGGGCUGCAGAGACAACCAACAGCAACAUCUUGCCCACCGAUCAGGGGCUGGGGCUGUGGCGCCACUAUGAGACAGGACCCUAUAAAAAAUUACGCAAAGCCCAAGAGUACAUGGAAAGUGUGGCAGUCGACUUGGUCUCCCAGAAAUUGGCAUUUUUCAAAGAUACCUCCGAUGAGGUAACCGAAAGUCCUUGUUCUCUCAGCCGCACCAGUUUGGUAGAGCAAUAUUUGAAAAAUCCCAACCUGGAUUUAAAUGAUGUUGUGGGUAUGGCGGCAGAUCUGCUUCUAGCUGGUGUGGAUACCACUUCGUAUACGACGGCAUUUGCUUUAUAUCACAUAUCACGACAUCCGGAGGUGCAGAGACGUUUACACGAAGAAAGCUGUAAGGUUUUACCGAGUAAAUGCUCUCCCCUAUUGGCGGAAUCCUUGAAUUCGGGUAUACCAUUUACCCGUGCUUGUCUGAAGGAGGUAUUCCGCCUUAAUCCCAUUUCGGUGGGUGUUGGACGCAUUCUCACCAAGGAUAUGGUGUUUAGCGGAUAUUUGGUGCCGAAGGAUACAGUUGUUGUAACCCAAAAUAUGGUGGCCUGUCGCCUUGAGCAGAAUUUCGAAAAACCCUUGAUAUUCAAUCCUGAUCGUUGGCUUCGUGAGACCAAGGGCUCCAUUAAUCCCUAUUUGGUAUUGCCCUUUGGCCAUGGCAUGAGAUCCUGCAUUGCCAGAAGGCUUGCGGAACAAAAUAUUUUGACGCUGUUACUGAGGUUAAUCCGUAACUUUGAAAUCGAAUGGAAAGGUGAUGACGAGCCAAUGGAUGUCAUUACCCUGCUGAUAAAUAAGCCCAGCAAACCGGUGACCAUAGAACUCAGGGAAAGGCCACAAUGAUGAUGAUGAGAAACUGGGAAUUGACGUUGGUUGUCAUUGGAAUUGUAAAUAACACCCCACCCCCCUCCACCCUCUUCCCGUUGCACAUCCAAUGGAAUAAAACCAAAGAAAUUGGUGUAAUGUAAUGUAGAUGGCGUUUGGUUCUUUAUUUUGUCAUUGUUCUUGUUGUUGUUGUUCUAUGUAUGUAAAAAUAUGUGUGAUUUUUUUUUAUAAAUUUUAUUGACAAGAGAAAAAAAAAAAAAACAAACGAUAAUUAACAUUAAAGAAACAAAUUUAAAAAUCUAUAGAUCUUAAGCAGAAGUAGAAGAAGACAGAAGAAAAUGCAAAUGUGAUGUGAUUCGAGAUUUUUAUUUUUUUGUAUUUUUUUUGGUGUUGAAGAGGAUGUGUGAUUGAAAUUGCCUUUGACAACAGAUCUUUUUUUACGAUUUGGAAUAUAAUCAAAAGGGAGACUGGUGGAGUGUUCUCCAUUGUUAAUAAAUAUGUACAUAUUCAAAUAAGGCAACUACAAAAAAAUUGUAUUGUAUCCAAUUGUAUAUUAAUUCGAUUUGUUUUUAAUAAAAUAUACGACAAGUACAAAUUUAUUUCUAUAGAAUUCA